CGGGGGCGGGGCCGCGCUGGGUGCCUGCCUGUCUGCGCUUUCCCGGAAGGAAGUGGCCCUCAGCGGCUGAGAGUGGUACGGAGGAGUCGGUGCGGCAGGAUGCAGAGCGUCAUCAACACGGUGAAGGGGAAGGCGCUUGAGGUGGCCGAGUACCUGACGCCGGUGCUGAAGGAAUCAAAGUUUAAAGAAACUGGAGUCAUCACUCCUGAGGAGUUUGUGGCAGCCGGAGACCAUUUAGUUCACCACUGUCCAACUUGGAAAUGGGCAACUGGAGAAGAAUUAAAGGUCAAGGCUUAUCUCCCAGCAGAUAAACAGUUUUUGGUCACUAAAAAUGUACCGUGCUAUAAGCGAUGUAAACAGAUGGAGUAUUCAGAUGAACUGGAAGCCAUUAUAGAAGAAGAUGAUGGGGAUGGAGGAUGGGUGGACACAUAUCACAAUGCAGGCAUUACAGGAGUUACAGAAUCCAUUAAGGAGAUCACGUUGGAGAGCAAGGACAAUGCAAAAUUACCAGAACGCUCUGGUUCUUGUGAAGAUGAAGAGGACGACGAGGGCGAAGCAGCUGAUAUGGAAGAAUAUGAAGAGAGUGGAUUAUUGGAGACAGAUGAUGCAACACUGGAUACAAGAAAAAUAGUGGAAGCUGCCAAAGCUAAAGCUGAUGUUGGAGGGGGAGAAGAAGUUAUUCUACAGACCAGGACGUAUGACCUUUAUAUCACAUAUGACAAAUACUACCAAACACCAAGGCUUUGGUUAUUUGGCUAUGAUGAGCAACGGCAGCCAUUAAGUGUAGAUCAUAUGUAUGAAGACAUUAGUCAAGAUCAUGUCAAAAAGACUGUGACAAUUGAAAACCACCCCCAUCUUCCUCCACCUCCAAUGUGUUCAGUUCAUCCAUGCAGGCAUGCAGAAGUAAUGAAGAAAAUAAUUGAAACGGUGGCAGAAGGUGGCGGAGAACUUGGAGUUCAUAUGUACCUUCUAAUUUUUUUGAAAUUUGUACAAGCAGUCAUUCCCACAAUAGAAUAUGACUACACAAGACACUUUACAAUGUAACUGAGGGAGGGAAUGUUUAUGGUAAUUAUUGAUCUUAAUUUUUAAAAAAUUACCCGUACAUGUGACUCAUUUGUUUAUCCACCAUUGUAUACAAUUUCUGUAAUGUACCAUUUCUAUCAAGUUUAUGCAUCAACAUCAAAUUCCACUACCAGCCUUACUUUUUAAUAAAGACCUUUAUGUGUAAAAAUAAAUCACUUUCAUUCCUGUUCCGUGA